AUGCCAUCUGUUUACGAUUUCGAAGUCAAGGAUAAGAAAGGUGAAGUCGUCAAGCUUGACCAAUAUAAGGGUAAAGUUAUCCUUGUGGUGAAUGUCGCUUCUAAAUGUGGUUUCACUCCACAAUAUGCUGGUUUGGAAAAAAUAUACAAGAAAUAUGAAGACCAAGGUCUAGUGAUCCUUGGUUUCCCAUGUAACCAAUUCUUAGGCCAAGAACCAGGUACUAAUGAAGAAAUUUCUCAAUUCUGUCAACUGAAUUACGGUGUCACUUUCCCAAUCAUGCAGAAAAUUGACGUCAACGGCUCAAAUGCUGAUCCAUUCUAUGAAUACUUAAAGAGUCAGAAAAAGGGUCCAAUGGGUUUAAAGAGAAUUAAGUGGAAUUUUGAAAAAUUUUUAAUCGAUCAAAAUGGUAAAGUCGUUGAAAGAUUCUCCUCUUUGACUAAGCCAGAAUCCAUUGAUCCAAAGAUCGGUAAAUUAUUAUCUAAAUAG